AUGAACCCCAAAAUAUCUGAUUUUGGUAUGAUAAAAGUGUUUAUCACAACUCACGCUGAAGCAAAUACAAAUAGAGUUGGAGGCACAUGUUCUACUUUACGAAUGAAAUCUAGUGGUUAUAUGGCUUCUGAAUACGCUAUAGGUGGUAUCUUCUCUGAGAAAUCUGAUGCAUGGCAGUUGUGGAAAGAAGGUGUAGCCAUAGAACUAAUGAAUCCAACACUACAUGAUUCAUAUUGUGAAGAGCAAGUUUUGAAAUGCAUUAACUUGGCUUUGCUUUGUGUUGAGCACAAUCUAAUUGACAGGCCUAAUUUUUUGGCACUGAAGGGCGAAGCAGGCAUAAUAUUGAUAUGGGACGUUGCAGAAGUAAUUACUGCCAAUGGAAGAAAGGUCAAAGAUUUGUGCACCAACAUAAGCUUACAUCGAGAUGCAGAAAUAGAGAAAAAUGGCAUUCUUCGCUUAACAAACGACAGGGAUCUUGUACAAGGUCAAGCCUUCUAUAGCUUGAAAAUCCAGUUCAAGAACUCGACCAACGGAGAAGUCUCUUCUUUCUCUUCCUCAUUUGGUCUAGGUAUCGUCCCUCGGUGUCCAGAACUUGGUGGCCAUGGCAUCACCUUCACCAUCUCACCAUCUAAAGAGCUCAAAGUUCUUCCAACUGCGUAUCUACGCCUCUUUAAUAAAAGCAAUGAGGGAAUCGCUUCAAAUCAUUUAUUUGCUGUUGAGUUUGAUACAGUUCAGACUCCUGAUUUUAACUACAUCGACGGCAACCAUGUUGGCAUCGAUAUCAACAGCUUGAUCUCUAGAGCGUCUUCUGCUGCAGCCUACUUCGAUGACAGUUCAACCAAACAAAACUUGAAUCUCACGAGUGGAAAACCAAUCCUGGCUUGGAUCGAUUACGAUGCAUCUGAAAAUUUGUUAAAUGUCACCAUCUCUCCACAUUCUUUCAAACCAAGAUUGCCCCUCUUGUCUUUUAACGUCAAUCUUUCACCAAUCUUUCAUGAGUUCAUGUAUAUUGGCUUCUCUUCUGCAACAGGACUGCUUUCUAGUUCUCAAUAUAUUUUAGGCUGGAGUUUUAAAAUCAAUGGACAAGCUGGAGCUCUUGAUCCCUCUUCCCUUCCUUCAAUUCCGGACAAGAACGAGCAGACAGAAGUUUGUGAGCAUAAGACAGCGAAAUGGGGCAGGAUUUCAGUUUUAAAAGCUAUUGUGGCCAUAGUGGCUGGAUUAAUCGUUAUACUCAUCUUGCUGAUCAACCUUUUUCAUGUCAAUCUCCAAACAGAGAAGUUUCUAUUUGACUUAAUGAGUGAAGCAAAGGAGCUUGAGAUUGAUGGCAAGAAAGGCUUCAAUUUGAAAGUAUAUAGAGCAUCAUCCAUUAUGUCUGCUACAAAUAACUUCUCAUUUGAAACUAAACUUGGAAAGGCUGGUUUUGGUCCUGUUUACAAGGGUUUGUUGCCUGACGGGCAAGAGGUAGCAAUAAAGAGGCUAUCAGAAAGAUCCAAACACGGACUUGUGGGGUUUAAGAAUGAGCUUAUAAUAGUAGCUAAAUUACAACACACCAAUCUGGUGCGGCUCUUGGGUUUCUGCAUUCAAGGGGAAGAGAAAAUAUUGGUCUAUGAAUACAUGCCAAAUAAUAGCUUGGACACAUAUAUUUUUGGUGGCAUCUUCUCUGAGAAAUCUGAUGUAUUCAGUUUUGAAGUUUUAAUUUUGGAGAUUAUAAGUGGUAGGAGGUCCAACAACAAUAUCUUUUAUGAUGGUCAACCUCUCAACCUCGUUGCAUAUGCAUGGCAGUUGUGGAAGGAAGGUGCAGCCAUAGAACCAAUGAAUCCAACACUACAUGAUUCAUAUUGUGAAGACCAAGUUUUGAGAUGGAAGUCAGCUUCACUUGGUGAUGACACAGCCACUUAUGAGGUAGCUAUGACACAUCUCACACAACUAGCAGAGCAUGAAUUCAGGAGAUAUUUUCCUAAUCGGUGGCCUUCUAGUAUCUCUUCCCACUAG